AUGUCCUUCAACCAAGAGACCCGAAGAACCAAGGCAGUUAAACGCGGAGGACAGCAUCCUGAAUGGGACGAAGAGGUCCGGUUUUCAAUCUAUGAAGAUGCUGAAGAUGAGCUUGCGAGGACUGCCGGGGACAAGACUCCGCCGCCCAAGGAGCGCUUCCGAAAUAUUAAGGGCGGUAAAUCGAUGCGUGUCUCAUGCUAUGCGGACGAUCCACGAGAGCCAGAUUUAAUUGGAGAAACUCAAGUGGACCUGACGGAGGCGCUAACUAAGGGAGAAGUUGAUGAAUGGUUUACUCUCCAGAACAAGGACAAAUAUGCAGGAGAAGUAUAUCUGGAGAUGACUUUUUGGUCCAAUGCGAAGCCUCCCGCAAAGAAGAAGGCAUCUCGUCCAAGCACAAGCACGACAAACCCACAAUAUGGUGGUCCGGGUUCCUUUAUACCAUCUGGCUCUUCCAGCGCGGCUGCUCAGCCCCCUGCUGCCAACUCUAACAAUGAGAUACCCGCGUUUCUUCGUCCCAAUCGCGAAACCUCGCCAACAGCAAGUGUACCGGACUCCCUUAAACCUUCAAGUAGCGCCCUAGGACAGCCCGACUUGUAUAUUUCUCCAUACAGUUCCCAGAACUCUAUUGCCUCUCAGGGUUCCCUGCCGUCUGCGCUCGAACCAGCCGGUCCUCCGUACGAUGAAUUUGGGAGAUCAGGUCCGAACUUCAAUCACCGACGCGAUAGCUUUCCACCCACGCGCUUUGAUCAACCACCAAGCAUCUAUGGAAAUCCUCCCAACGGAUCCGCGCUGCAGCCAGCGUACCAACGACCUGCUUAUGAUUCUUUCUCUACUUCGACUUUGGUUCAGUCCAUGUCAAGCAUGCAUAUUGGACAGCUUCCUGCUCCCUCGUUCCCUCCGCCUACUCCUGCCCCAAGCUUUGCUCCCAGCCAAUACGGUUAUGGAGCUCCUCAGGAUAGCGCACCUCCUUUUCCACAAGGCCCUGGCUAUCCAGGUCUCGGAUACGGUCUUCCUAGUGCCACGCCUGCCCCGCCAAAUGGAGGGUUUCAACCUGGAUUUGUGCCGCCCAACCAGGGCAAUAGGUUGGCAUCCUUAGGCUUCACCGCACCUCCCCCUAUCCCAACACCCAUGCCAUUUAAUGUACCACCUCCUGCGACUCCGUUCCAGCAGCCCCCUAACCCGUCUCUCACCCCUUUCCCUCAACAACACCCUUAUCCUCCCCAGCAGUACCCACCAAAUCCUGCAUCAGCACCUCCAACACAGAAUGGUGCUCCACUAGGCCAAUUUAUCCCGUUUUCGACUCAUUCCGCUCCUCCGGGACAAGGUGGGUAUCCCCCGCAACAGGCCCCUCAAUCAGCAUCUCCGCCUCGGGCGGGGCUUCCGCCUGUCCCUCAACAUCAAUCGACUCUCCCCCCACCACCGCAACAACAACCUUAUCAACCCCACCAACAGCCGUAUUCCACGCAACCACCCCCUCCACCGUCGUUGCAGACACAAAACCCUGGCGCUUCUCGGCCAUUGCCUACUCCCCAACAAGGUCCAGGUUCAGGAGCAAACUCAUUUGGAUCGGCUCCGGGAUCCUUCCCACUGCCUACUCAGAAUCAAUCCUCGGCUCCGAGUUUAUUCGGCUCUGGACCUGCAUCAUACCCUCCUCCGCCCAACACAAAUGGGCAACAAUGGCAACCUCCCGCGCAUGUGCGCAACAACUCAUUCCCACCUCCUCCGCCUUCGUUGCCUGGCCCUCCUCCGCCAUUGCCUUCGCAGCAACAGCCUCAGCUGACGGCCAGUCCUGUUCAGCAGACUCAGUCUCCACCACCAAACCUCUUCCAGGCACCGCCUCCGCCUCCUAACCCGUCCUUCCAAUCGUACCAAAACAACGCGGAGAGCCAGUUACCACCCCCACCGUCUGCCUAUCAGCAACCACCGCCUCAUCCUCAACAACAGCGUCAAUCUGUUCCAGUAGGAGGAAUAUUCCGGGCCCUUCGACCACAACCAUCUAUCCUGGCCCACCACCAAAGCCUCCUCAGAUGGUUGCGCCACAGCAUAAUGGCUGGCAGUAAACCUCUCUGA